CAUCAACCCUCCGCUUCAGUUUCGGUUCACUGCACAGUGCACUGGCAACUCUCAAAUUAACCUCCGUUUCCGCUAACCAACCUUGCAAACCUCCGUUUUUGCUCACAAACGUCCGUCUUCUGCUCACAAACUCGAUUUUCGUCGUCCCAGCUUCCGUUUUCGGCGUACCGACCUCUGUUUCUCGUGCACCGUCCAGACUAAGACGCGCAGAUAAUUGCCAAAAAUGGCUAAGUGUCAGCAUUCCGGCUGCCAUACAACAACAGCCUUUGCCAAUGAGGCAGCGCUCGUUACACACAUAGCCGACUUCCACAACCAAGUCUCCGUCUGCAAGAUGUGCGGAAAGGACCUGAAGAACGCGGAGAGUGUCAAGAGACACGAGAAGAUGCACAACAAGAUGGGUCACUUUAAGUGUUUGCUCCCUGGUUGUUCCGCCACCUCCUGGCGAAAGGAAUUGAUUGGGAGCCAUCUCCUGAACCACAAGACCGAGCUUCGCGAGGUCUUGAACGUAUUCGCCAGGUUCAAGGAUCGCGAGGACGAGCUCCAGAAGGCCAUUGAACUAUACGAAGAGUUCAAGGAUGACAUUGACGUGCUCCGCGCGGCUCUACACUUAUACAAGGAGUUCACCAAGGACAUGGACAUGGCCGCCGAGCACGCCAAACACGCCAACAAUGCUGGGAACUAAGUGGGAUCCGACAAGAAGGGGAGGGGUUAUGAGUUCUUUUGGUGCUGCGUUUCCCGGAAUAGGUGGAUUCGGUUGAGGACAUCUGCGAGCGCAGAGCAGGAUGCAUGGAGCUAGGCGUUGGUCGGUUUGGGAAAUUCUCAUACGGCAGUUACGGAGUUCUGGUUCUCGCAAUCAUCAAGAGUCUCCAUUCUGGGCCGUGUGGCCUGCGGCUACUACAUACAAUGAAUAGUAGACAUGCCCUGAAUCCCUAAUUAGGCUGCUAUGUGUCCACGGGUGACAGACUGGGACUACUCCUGGUGCGACGAAUGAUUCCUACAAGCUCUGGCACCGGCACGCCUGAUGUCGCCCUCGGAGAGUCACAAGUGUGUUAGCGCUGACCUACAUCCAUCUACCGAAUCUAGGCCAAGGAGGUGCCGCGCACCUUCCUUCUCGACGGGUCGUGACGUAGUCAGGUAGCUGAAAAUGAGAAGGGGUGAACGAUAGAAGAGCUUCCCUUCU